GUCAAUAGGGAUGCCGAAUAUCUCGAGGCAGAAAUGAUAGUACGCAGGUGUGGUACGCGCCCGACACUGAGGUCGAAAUGGACGUCUGCCCGACGCGUAUCACACGCGCGUGUUGCAGUUAGUCUUGCGCUGACUGUCAAGAAUGAUGCGGCGCCGGGCUAGUGCGUGUGGCACGUCAACGCUGUGGAACAACAUCGUCUUCCACCCCAACAUCAAAUGGGUCAGCCCCAGCAAGGAGAUCUUUUAUUUCAACAACGACGUCCCAGCGACGACGAUGUGUGACGCUGACCUCAUUGGCUACCAGCGGCAGAUGGUGGUACAGCGGCUUAAGAACAACCGCACCGACAUACACGUCGGCGACUGGAGCACCACCUACUUUAGCUGCGUGUGCUGCCCGGUGGUCCUCAAGACCCUCAACCCUGACAUGAAGAUCAUAGUAGUCCUGCGGGACCCCAUCCAGCGGACCCUUAGUCGCUUCCUGGAGCAGAAGCGAAACCCCGACUUCCCCUUCCAUAGCCAGGUGGCCAACCACACGUUUGCGACCUUUGUGGAUGAGGAGGUGGGGAACAUAGAAAAGUGCGUGGAGCAUGCGUCGCGCGUCAGGACGCGCGGUCGCGACAACAGCCCUGACCGGCCGCCGCGGGGCUGGGGGGCGGGCAUGGACAUGGCCGACUGGCUGGAGGCGCAGUGCUACGCCCGGAGGAACCUCCUGGGCUGGUCAGUGUACGACGUCUUCCUCGAAAAUUACAUGGCGCAUUUCCCCUUAGACCAGAUCCUGGUGCUGUACACCAACGAGCUGGCCACCGGCACGAUGAGCACCAUGCGCAAGGUGGAGAAGUUCCUGGGCGUGGCGCCGCACAGCUACGACGAGGAGAAGGCCGUGCUCGUCUUCAACAGCCGCGAGUGCUACCACUGGCACUGUGCCAAGAGCCGCAACGAGAUUCGCGAGGCGCGCUCCCGGGAGCGCGACCCGAUGCUUGACGCCACGCCCUUCGGCCAGGCGUCCGCGCGCCUGGUCCGGUUCUUCAGGCCGCACAUGCAGCGGCUGAUCAAGUGGGCGGCGGCGGGCAAGAUCGCGCCCGUGCCCGACUCCUGGAAGUCAACGUACGCAUGAUGACUGCGCCGGUGGCGAUGGUGGCUGCGGCUUUGGUGUGGUGCUUGGCGCUGGUCGGUAUUGGGGGCCUCUGGUGGCCGACCGGGGCGCGGGCGGUACACGUCAGGGCAGGGCAGGGUACGGCACCACACAAUGGCAGCUAAGCUGCGACGGCACCGCGGCAGCGGUGGCGGGUGUGGCGUGGGAACUGCGCGGCUUUCUCCUCCUAACGACUGAUGUGGGCUGGUGCCUUACAAGUGUGGGCUCCAGGGCGGGCGUCAUGCAUUACUACAAGGAUGGGCAACGGGUGUGGGGAUGGGGCUGCGCAUGCACGUGCAUGCAUGUGCGCAUCGUACGGCGUGCGGCGUGUCAGGGCGUGAUACUCUCUAGCGCUGCCACUCCACGAGGGAGGAGGCAGGCCGCGAGCACGCCGAUGCGGAGCUGGGUGCGUGGCCAACCACCUUGCACGACGCAGGCGGCAGGUGCUGUGUGCACACGAAUCGAUGGCACACUCAUGCGGGUCGAGGGGGUGCAGAUGUCGUGCACCCGGUGCCCUGUGAGUGGAUGUGUGCGCGCUUGUGGGUAACAAUGACUGCGCAUUGUCUUCUAUACGUACUGUUUGUCAGGGCGCUAAUUUCUGGCAGGAGUGACUUCUUACAUGUGAAGUAGCAUGUGACAGCAUACUGGUAUUAAUGAACGAGUGCCGCGCGUAAACGCCGUAUGAGGUGUAAUAUAUGUGAUUUCUGUGGCACGUGUUGGACACGGUUUCACGUGUUUCGACUCGCAAUGUGCAUGUUGGCGUGCACGUGAUGUGUGCCAAACACUGCAUGCGUGGGCACCUUCUUUCCAAAAUGCAGCCUCAGCCCGCGGUCGUGCUUUUAUCCGGCUUGGGCCGGAGCUGGCUCGAGGUGGGGCAGGUGAAUGAAGUGCUCAGGGUGCAUGGUGCGGGUGAAGCCGAAAGGAGUCGGAUGGCGUGCCGAAGGACGGAUGGUGGCAGGUGUGGGGCGUGCGGUUGUAGUAUGCAAAAGCACUUUGCAGACGCAAUACCGAAUGACGCUCGGACAGUCGGAUGGAUACAUCGGCAGAGGGUGUGCGGGGAAAUGCUUUCAAGACAGCCAAUGGUGAGGAUGGUACGCUUCUCCAAUACGCAAUUUAAUAGAUCUUCGUGAACAGGAGGUGCUAGCGUGUGCCAGCAUGCAGGGAUGACUGGCCCCUGUGCCCAGUGCCUUGCAAUGGCAAGUACAGUAGGAGAGCCUUGAUGCAGUUAGAAUAUAGCUGGCAGCACUAGGCAAAUAGACAGAGGUCUUGUGCCAGGCAGGUAGUAUUGCACUAUGCGCAAUGAAGCAUUUGGCAGGAGUACGGGAGUAUCGAGGGCGCUUUGGUUCACAGGGCGCAGCAUCGAUCAUUUGAUCCCGGACGCAAAUUGAGCAUUUGAGCAGGGUGCACCGUGCACGUCAGCAGGGAAGCAAGUAAGCAGGGUGGGGUGGGUUAGGAACGAAUUCAAAGAAAG